GCAGAGGGCUGCUGUGGCGGGAGCCCGGGUGAGGGGUCUGUUUGUGAAGACAAGGGCCAGCUCCUUCUCAUCCCGGAGGGCUCUCAGCGGGGGCAGGCGCGGUCUGUGGGCUUUGGGAAGCCCCUGUCUCGGCGUCGGCUCUGGGUGGUGAUGGGAGCAUCGGGGAGAGGGAGGAACUGCUCUUGGGCUUGGAGUCUUUCUGGCUGUCCUGGCUGUGGGUCCGUGUGGGACCGAACGGCCCCGCCCCCUUGACGUUGGGGUGGCCACGUGAUUUGCUUUGGACAGUGAGCAGUGACGUGUUGCUUCUGACUGGAAGCUUUGAGAGACGUGUGCUUUAUCACGUCCCCUUUCCUGUCUCACGGAAGUGCACAGAUAGGUACUGUGAGCCAGGAUGGCACCGGGUCUGGUGGCUCUCAAAGUGCGGUGUCCAGACUGGCAGCAUCCAUCACCUGGGAACACCCUAGCAGUGCACCUGCCAGCCCUGCUGGGUCUUAGCUCUGGGCUGGGGUCCAGCCAUCUGCUCCGAAGAGCCCUGCCCAGGGUCCUGGUGUCUGCCUUCCUGCUGCCCCAGGUCUGCUGGAGCCUGGGGUGUGGUCCUGGCUGAGCUGGUGGCUGAGGACAGGAGGGCAGGGCUGGCGAGCUGGGAAGGGCUCUGCCGGGAAACUGCAAAGGGGGAGGCCGCAGUGAUGGCCCCUGCGCUUUUCAUCAGACAAAAUCAGACAGUGCUCUGAGAACGGGAGCGCCUGGCUGAGCGGGUUCAGCCUCAGCAGAGCCCCCUCUCUGGCCCAAAGGAAGGCCGUGCCGCGCGCGAGGAUGAAGCAGGCCCCGGAGAUCCUCGGCAGCCCGAACGGGAAGGCGCCAAGCUGCGACGUGAGCCGCGAGUGCUCCGUGUUCCUCAGCAAAGCCCAGCUCUCCGCCAGCCUGCAGGAGGGCGUCGUGCAGAAGUUUAACGGCCACGACGCGCUGCCCUUCAUCCCGGCCGAGAAGCUGAAGGACCUCACCUCCCGCGUCUUCAACAGAGAGCCUGGCGCUCACGACGCCCGGCUGCGCUUUGAGUCCCAGGAGGUGAAGGGGCUGGGGACCCCCCCUCACACCACCCCUGUCAAAAACGGCUCUCCGGAGAUCAAGCUGAAAAUCACCAAAACGUACAUGAAUGGAAAGCCUCUCUUCGAGUCUUCCAUAUGUGGCGAUGGCGCUGCCGCCGUGUCCCCGACGGAAGAGGGUGGACAAAAGCCAGGAAACAAGGCGAGGAGGACUAGGAAGAGAAGCGUCAAAUGUGACCCCUUCCUGGAGCAGGGCCUUGUCGAAGCAGCCCUGGCGUCCGGGAUCUCCAGCCCCUCCGACGAGAAGGUUCCAGCUGAGAAAGACCCCUGUCCAAACAGCAGCAGAGACAGAGAGCAGCUGCUGAAGUACAGUGUCGGGGAUCUGGUGUGGUCCAAGGUGUCCGGCUACCCCUGGUGGCCGUGCAUGGUCUCUGCCGACCCGCUGCUGCACAGCUACACCAAACUCAAAGGUCAGAAAAAGAGUGCCCGCCAGUAUCACGUACAGUUCUUUGGUGAUGCCCCAGAAAGAGCUUGGAUAUUUGAGAAGAGCCUUGUAGCUUUUGAAGGAGAAGGACAGUUUGAAAAAUUAUGCCAGGAAAGUGCCAAGCAGGCACCCACGAAAGCUGAGAAAAUUAAGCUGUUAAAACCUAUCUCAGGGAAGCUGCGGGCCCAGUGGGGCGUGGGCAUCCUCCAGGCGGAGGCGGCCGCGAGCAUGUCGGUGGAGGAGCGGAAGGCCAAGUUCACCUUCCUCUACGUGGGAGACCAGCUCCGCCUCAACCCCCACGUGGCCAAGGAGGCCGGCGUCGCCGUGGGCCCCCCGGGAGUCCUGGAAGCCGCUGCUGCCGAGCCCCUGUCCGCGGCGGAGGAGGGCGUGCCUGUCAAGAGGAGGCGGCGAGCCACGCUGUGCAGCGCCGCCGAGAGCCCAGACGGCGACCCCGGGACGCUGAAGGGCACCCCUCAGAAGCCGGCGGAAGCCGCGCCCCGGAGAGGAGUGGGGUCUCCUCCCGGGCGGAGAAGGGCCCUGGCCUCCGCGCCGAGAAGCCGGAAGGGGGACGCGGCCGCCCAGUUUCUGGUCUUCUGUCGGAAGCACAGGGACGAGGUUGUCGCUGAGCACCCAGACGCCUCUGCUGAGGAGAUCGAAGAGCUGCUGGGGUCGCAGUGGGACGUGCUCACGGAGAAGCAGAAAGCACGCUACAACACCAAGUUUGCCCUGGUGGCCCCCUCCCAGUCCGAGGAAGAGUCCGGUAACUUAAGUGGGAAAAAAAGGAACCACGUGAAAAGGACCCAGGACUCCACCGAAGCUGCUGAUGCUGAGGGCGCGCCCGGGAAGAGACUCCGGGCAGACAGGCACGGUCUCCGGAAGAGAGAGACGGUCACCGACAAGCCGGCCCGCAUGGGCGCGUGCAAGGCCAUUGAGGCAGCCUCCUCCCUGAAGAGCCAGGCAGCCACAAAACACCUAUCUGACGCGUGCAAACCCCUGAAGAAGAGGCUCCGGGCGCCCCCGGCAGCGGCUGCGUCGCUGGCAUUUAGCAAAAGCUCGUCUCCUUCUGCAUCCCUCACUGAGAAUGAGGUCUCGGACAGCCCGGGAGAUGAGCCCCUCGAGUCCCCGGAUGAGAGCGCGGACGAAACGCAGACCGAGGCGUCCGUCUCGUCGAAACGGUCGGAGCGAGGAGCGGCCGCCAAGAAGGAGCACGUGUGUCAGCUGUGCGAGAAGCCGGGCAGCCUCGUGCUGUGCGAGGGUCCCUGCUGUGGCGCCUUCCACCUGGCCUGCCUGGGCCUGGCCCGCCGGCCCGAGGGAAGGCUCACCUGCCUCGAGUGCACUUCAGGGGUGCACUCGUGCUUCGUGUGCAAGGAGAGCAAGGCGGAUGUCCGGCGCUGCGUCGUGUCGCAGUGCGGCAAGUUCUACCACGAGGCCUGCGUGCGCAGGUUCCCACUGACAGUGUUUGAGAGCCGGGGCUUCCGCUGCCCCCUGCACAGCUGCGUGAGCUGCCACGCUUCCAACCCCUCGAACCCGAGGCCGUCGAAAGGUAAAAUGAUGCGUUGCGUCCGCUGCCCGGUCGCCUACCACAGCGGGGACGCGUGUCUGGCAGCGGGCUGCUCCGUGAUCGCCUCCCACAGCAUCAUCUGCACGGCCCACUUCACCGCCCGGAAGGGCAAGCGGCACCACGCCCACGUCAACGUGAGCUGGUGCUUCGUGUGCUCCAAAGGGGGAAGCCUGCUGUGCUGCGAGUCCUGCCCCGCCGCCUUCCACCCCGACUGCCUCAACAUCGAGAUGCCGGACGGCAGCUGGUUCUGCAACGACUGCAGGGCCGGGAAGAAGCUGCACUUCCAGGACGUCGUCUGGGUGAAGCUGGGCAACUACAGAUGGUGGCCGGCAGAAGUUUGCCAUCCCAAAAAUGUUCCCCCAAAUAUUCAGAAAAUGAAGCACGAGAUUGGAGAAUUCCCUGUGUUUUUCUUUGGGUCUAAAGAUUAUUACUGGACGCAUCAGGCGCGAGCGUUCCCGUACAUGGAGGGGGACCGGGGCAGCCGCUACCAGGGGGUCAGAGGGAUCGGAAGAGUCUUCAAAAACGCGUUGCAAGAGGCUGAAGCUCGCUUCCGUGAGAUCAAACUGCAGAGGGAGGCCCGAGAAACGCAGGAGAGCGAGCGCAGGCCCCCGCCCUACAAGCACAUCAAGGUGAACAAGCCGUACGGCAGAGCCCAGAUCCACACGGCGGACAUCUCCGAGAUCCCCAAGUGCAACUGCAAGCCCACCGACGAGAACCCCUGCGGCCUCGACUCGGAGUGUCUGAACCGGAUGCUGAUGUUCGAGUGCCACCCCCAGGUGUGCCCGGCCGGCGCGUUCUGCCAGAACCAGUGCUUCACCAAGCGCCAGUACCCGGAGACCAAGAUCAUCAAGACGGACGGCAAAGGCUGGGGCCUGGUGGCCAAGAGGGACAUCCGGAAGGGCGAGUUCGUGAACGAGUACGUCGGGGAGCUGAUCGACGAGGAGGAGUGCAUGGCCCGCAUCAGGCGCGCGCAGGAGCACGACAUCACCCACUUCUACAUGCUCACCAUCGACAAGGACCGUAUAAUUGACGCCGGCCCCAAAGGAAACUAUUCCCGAUUUAUGAAUCACAGCUGCCAGCCCAACUGCGAGACCCUCAAGUGGACCGUGAACGGCGACACCCGCGUGGGCCUCUUCGCUGUGUGCGACAUUCCCGCAGGGACAGAGCUGACCUUUAACUACAACCUCGACUGUCUGGGCAACGAGAAGACGGUCUGUCGGUGCGGGGCCUCCAACUGCAGCGGCUUCCUCGGGGACAGGCCCAAGACCUCGGCAGCCCUGUCCUCGGAGGACAAGGGUAAAAGGGCCAAGAAGAGGAUGAGGAGGCGCCGCUCGAAGGGCGAGGGCAAGAAGCGGUCUGAGGACGAGUGCUUCCGCUGCGGCGACGGCGGCCAGCUGGUGCUGUGCGACCGCAAGUCCUGCACCAAGGCCUACCACCUGCCCUGCCUGGGCCUCGGCAAGCGGCCCUUCGGGAAGUGGGAGUGUCCCUGGCAUCACUGUGACGUGUGUGGCAAACCCUCCACUUCAUUUUGCCACUUCUGCCCCAAUUCCUUCUGCAAGGACCACCAGGACGGGACGGCCUUCGGCUCCACCCAGGACGGGCGGUCGUUCUGCGCGGAGCACGACCUGAGGGCAGAGCCGGCCAGAAGCGCCCAGACCGAGCAGCCCUGCCCGGAGCCCGCCAAGCCCAAGGGCAGGAGGUGGCGGCGGCGGUGCUGGCGCAGGGUCACAGAAGGCAAAUAGCGCCAGGCCGCGGCUCCGUCGGAUCAGGGGCAGCCCUGUGGGUAGAGGGCCAGACGUGGGACCGGCCCGCAGGACGCGGCCUGCAGCCACCAGGACGGACGCACAGGCCUCCUGGGGAGGGAGCGCCUCCCCCACUGAGCCGUCUCCGCAGCGCAGCGCCCGCACUGACGGCCGUCCGGCCACGUGGCUCCCGCCGUGCUGCGGGCGGUCCAGGACAGACGCCUCACUACACAGCCUCACGGCCACGGCCAACUUGAAUCUCCGGGUGUCGGCGUCCCUCCCGCCUGUGUCUUUAGGGUCAAGUGAUGACUGAACAGUCACUGGCGUGUGAAAUGUUCUUACUUCACCCGGACCGGCCAGAGGAAGUAGUCUCUUUCCCAAGAACCCUUGAAUCUCCACGCUGUCACCUGGCCUGCUCACCUCCUGCCGUCACUCGGGAGGGAGAGACCGGGGGCCCUGGCGGAGACUCAGACCCCAAACUCCUCGGAAACCACGGUUCUGAUGAUUUUGCUUUUAUGGAACAGACGUAUGAUUUUUUUGUACUAACGCAAAGUUUUCCUCCAGAUGCUUCUUUUCCCUCCUUGUGAGCAGCAGCCCAGGACGGGGGGGAGGGGGCAGCGUCGUGUCGUGAGGCCCCGCAGGUGCCCCCCCGCCGCCGCCGCCGCCGCCGCCGCCCCGGCCCGGCCCUCACAGCGCAGGCUGGCGGGGCUGCCUCCCUGAGGUUCCUCCUAAAGUUUGUGUACUUUUGCAGUUGGCUUUUCUUGACCAGUUUCUGGCUUUUAUUUUCAAUAUAUUUUUGCUAAACUGUUUCACAAAUCACCACCGACUGAGAUGCGUAUUUACUGAUGCGUCCUGAGUUCUCGCAGCAGCAGGGACGAGCGCCGUGGGUGUGGCCCCCGCUCAGCUGUGUCAAGUGACAACUUAAGGAACCAGUCUGCCUGGGCCCUGCCCCGCGGUCCCUGGGGCCCGUCACACAGCAGGGCUGCGGGGUGCUCAGGACCCGAGCUCGCGGGCAACGUGCAAGUCCAGGACUCGCUUUCGGGCUGAGGAGAGACCCAGCGCUCAGGACCACGGCCGUCGCACGGGACCCCUUCGCCUGCGGGUCUGUUCCCGGGAAACGCGGCUGCCCGGGGCCGACGUCCAGGGCUCGGGGACCUGCCUGCGGGGCACGACCCCGCAGUUCCCACUGACUCUGAGCUGUCCACCGGCCUGGCCCCAGGACGCCGGACACCCGCUUCCCGGGCCCUGGACGCUGGACGCGUCUCGCCAGGUGCCCGCGGGCCUGCCGGCCUCCACCCGCAGUGCGAGGGAAGGGGCCGCUCGGCAGCAGGUGCUUUUUCUCUGGCCCUUUCUUGACCGCGCCCGCGGCACGCGGGUGUUCUCACACCAGGGAUGGAACCUGAGCCACAGCAGUGACGGUGCUGGAUCCUUCUUCACCCCUCGGCCUUUUCUCAAGGUAACUAAAGGCAUCGCUUCUGCAGAAAAGCUGACACGCGGGUCCUUGGAAACUGCUGCUGAGGCCUCCCCCUUGGACUGCAGGGGGUGCCCGGACCCCAGCUCCCUGCUUCCGUGGGGCUCUGACGGGCGCUGAGGCCUCUGCCAGGCCGUGACCCCGGGGAACGGCGUGCCUCGGGUGAGGUGCCCGGGCCUUGCGGGCACAACUGGGAGAGCCUGUGACGGCGGCUGGCCCAUGGCCCGUCAGUGGUGACCCUGGGAAAGUGACUGUACGUGGGACCGGGGGUACGUGCUUUGUCCUCAGUGAAGAUGCUUCUGCACGUGGCUCAGUCAUCCCGGAAGCCGCCUGCCUGGUGCAACGUGGGGACUGGGGAGGUUUUGGUUCAGACUCUAGUCUCCCUCGAGUGGUCGUAGGAAAAUACUGGAUUGACACACAGAUUCCUGCUCCUCGUGCCCUGGACUUGGCCCAGCAGCAUCCCUGCCCUGCACCCCGGGCGCCUGGCGCGGGCACGGCGGCCGUGGGAGCCCCUGGCCUUUAGAGCCCGGGGCUCGUGUCCUCUCCCGUCCUUUCCCAGCGAGGGGCUUGUGCGCAGCCGGGACCUCAAAGCUGGCUCUGCCGUGCGCUGUGGGGAACAGAUUAAUUUAUUUUUGUAUUUCCCAGGAGAAUUUUGUGAUUAUUUCCAAAUCCCUCUUUCUGGAGGAAGUGCUGGGACAGUUCAGACGGGGACGCCCUCUUUCCAAACUCUGUGAGCCUCCCAAGCAGAUAACACUAACUUGAGCACGUGUAGAAAACCAGCGCAGGGAUCGGAGUCCGACAGGCUUCGGAGCGGGAAGAGCCGAGCGGAGCUGGAAGGGAAGGGUCCUCCCGCCGGGCCGGGCCGGGCAGGGCCGGGCCCGGGGCUGGGGCCGGGGCCGCGCCUUUGCCUCUGUGCCUGAGGGGAGCUUCCUUGCCGGAUGUGGUCCUUUCUGAAGGUCGGUCUCAGGUCUUGGUCAGUUAUGCGAAGCAGAAACAAAACGAGAACUGCCCGAAAGCCUCGGGACGCCUUGCGUGCGGGCCGCAGGCUCACGUCCGAUGCCGCGAGGACUCUGGUCACCGCCUCCCACUCAGGUCUGCGCUCCCAGCGCCUCCCCAGGCCUCGCCUUGGCGCAAACCGGGGUGCGGCGCCCGCCUUCGAGGACUGGCUUGUUUUCGGGAACGAGAGGAGCCCGUUUUCGUGAAAGGUGAUGCAGACAUCGCAUCAGCUGCCAGAUCCUUGAUCCUGUGAGACACGCAGUGUCCCUGCGCCUCGCGGGGCCCUGCUGAGAUGUGACGCGCCGGUCGGAAGCUAGACGCGAGCGCCGGCGCGCCUGCUGCCGUCUGGGCGCCACGGAGCCAGGCCGGGGCCCGCCUCGUGGGACUACCCAGGUGCUACCACCAGUUCAGAGAGACUUAAAAACUUGAAGUUCACUUCCGGGGGAGCCAUGCUGAAAUGUAGAUUUGAGAAUUGCCCGUUGGGGGGGGAAAUAAUAAUAGCAUUUAAGGAGAAAUUCUGUUUGGAAAAUUGUGUAUGAGUAUUUUUGUAUUAAAAAUGUCUAAAGGCUU